CCAUUCACUCAUUAUCAGUGGUCUCACUUACAUCUCUUGUUUGCUUCAUGCCGCCGCAAUUCAUCUUCAUCUUCAGCCGUUACUCUCUCUUAGGGUUUGGUUUCUCUCAGAUUUCUCAAUCUUCAAUUUGAUUGCUGAUUCCAUUAUUCCUGUUGAUAUUUUAACGAUUAGAAAGCAAGAAGAAGGAGGAGAAGAAAAGAAGCGGCAGGUGAAAUGGAAUCGGAGGAUGAGUUCGAUAUGCACGACGCCAACAACGAAUCGGGCGAAGAAGACGAUUUCUACAGCGGCGGCGAUGACGACGACGAUGAUGCUGAACCCGUCGGUGCUUAUGAGAAUUCCGAUGCGGAUGUUGCCGAUUACGAUUUCAUCGACAACGAUUCGGAUGAUUCCGACUAUCUUGUCUAUCACCGACACCAACAUAAUUAUACCAUUUUGAGUGAAGUAGAUAUUCGCCAGCAUCAAGAAGAUGAUAUCAUGAGGAUAUCUACUGUGCUCUCCAUCUCAAAGGUUGAAGCAAGCAUCCUUCUACGGUACUAUAGUUGGAGCGUCAGCAAAGUACACGAUGAAUGGUUUGCAGAUGAGGAGAAGGUUCGCAGGUCUGUUGGGUUAUUGGAGAAGCCUGUAGUUCCAUUUCUUGAUGGUAGAGAAAUGAUUUGUGGGAUAUGUUUCGAUAACUAUUCUUAUGAUAGGAUUCAUUCUGCUGCAUGUGGUCAUCCUUUCUGUAAAUCUUGCUGGGCAGGUUAUAUUAGCACAGCCAUCAAUGAUGGUCCUGGAUGUUUGAUGUUGCGGUGUCCUGAUCCAUCCUGUGCUGCUGCUGUUGGUCAAGAUAUGAUUAGUGCAUUGGCUUCUGAAGAAGACAGAGAGAAGUACUUCCAUUAUUUCAUUAGAUCUUAUGUUGAAGACAAUAGGAAGACCAAAUGGUGUCCUGCACCAGGGUGUGAUUAUGCUGUGGAAUUUAUUUUGGGCAGUGGAAAUUAUGAUGUUACAUGUCGCUGCUCAUAUAGCUUUUGUUGGAAUUGUGCUGAGGAAGCUCACCGUCCUGUUGAUUGUGGCACUGUAGGCAAGUGGAUACUGAAAAAUAGUGCAGAGUCUGAAAAUAUGAAUUGGAUAUUGGCUAAUUCCAAGCCUUGUCCAAAAUGCAAGCGUCCAAUUGAGAAGAACCAGGGGUGUAUGCAUAUUACAUGCACACCACCUUGUAAAUUUGAAUUUUGCUGGCUUUGCCUUGGUGCAUGGUCAGAUCAUGGUGAGAGAACUGGUGGGUUUUAUGCCUGCAACCGUUAUGAGACAGCAAAGCAAGAUGGUGUGUAUGAUGAGGCUGAGAAACGAAGAGAGAUGGCUAAAAAUUCUCUGGAGAGAUAUACUCAUUAUUAUGAACGAUGGGCAACAAACCAAUCGUCUAGGCAGAAGGCACUAGCAGAUCUACAGCAAAUGCAAUCUGUGCAUCUUGAGAAGCUGAGUGACAUACAAUGCCAACCUGAGUCGCAGCUGAACUUCAUCACUGAGGCAUGGCUACAGAUAGUAGAAUGUAGGAGAGUUCUCAAAUGGACAUAUGCCUAUGGAUAUUAUUUACCCGAACAUGAACAUGCUAAACGACAGUUCUUUGAAUACUUGCAAGGUGAGGCUGAGUCUGGGUUAGAACGACUUCAUCAAUGUGCUGAGAAGGAGCUGCAGGUUUACCUCAAUGCAGAGGGGCCGUCAGAAGAUUUUAAUGAGUUUCGGACAAAACUUGCUGGAUUAACGAGUGUGACACGGAAUUACUUCGAGAAUUUAGUUCGAGCUCUAGAAACUGGCCUAUCAGAUGUGGACUCCCGGGGAGCCUGCAGCAGGAUGGGCAGCUCGAAGGGCAUGGGAGGCGGUAGUAGUAGGGGAAGAAGUGGAAAGGGCAAAGGUUCAACCUCUAGACCCAGCUUCUCCAGCAGAAAUAUCGACGACUCUGGCCAUUGGUCCUGCGAAUAUUGCACCUUCGCGAACAUCAAGUCGGCCACCAUUUGCCUAAUGUGCCAGCAGCGUCGAUAAAUUUCAUUGGCUAUACCGGAUCCAAGCCGGCCUUGCCUCUUGUUUCCAUGGCAUAGGGCUUUAGAGGAUUGCCAAAGGGCAAGCAAAAAAAGGUUUUUCCACUUCUCUUUUCAUCUCUUAAAUCAAAUUUGCCGUGAUACAACGCCUGAGAAACUGAUAUCGAGCGAAGGGGUAUGUUUAUGUUAUGCAAAUUGUAUAUGGUCAUACGUGUAGGUCCGAAAACCCUUCGACUUGCUUCCAUUGGAGUCUUUCCAAUAUAUUCCUGUGUUAUUUUCUAGGGUUCAACUAGGAUUUCAAGCGGACCGCAAUGAAAAUUCGAUGAUAGGCUGAGCUGUGACCAUCUGCAGUGAUAAAUAAUUUGUUGUAACCUUUCAAAUUAGUGGGGGGUACUAAGUUUAUUACGUGCUUGUAUUGUUGCAUGGAUAAUUUGGUCCGAUGUCUUCAUUAAUACUUGUAGAUCGGUUGUUGGUGGUGUCGAACGGUAUAAAUCGAGUGGCGUUUUCUUCGAUCAUCGACGGAUGCUCUUUGUAAUUAUGUCUUACAUGGUUUUCCAACACAUUUUGCUGCGUUUUCAAUAACAUGCUGAAGUGAACAUAAAAGAUCCUCUAUUUAUUAAGAUUGAUUC